AUUUAAGAAUAAGUUGAAGAUAUGAACUGGCUUUGUAUUUGAGGAAGAAAACAAGUUAAGGAAAAUUGUAUUAAGAGGAAGAGAGAUGACCUUGAGUGGGAGGAUGGGAAGAAGGAUGAUGGGAAGAAAGAUGAUGGGAGUAGGAAGGAAAAGGCAAGGAGGAAGAAGAAGGGUGUUAAGGGGAGGAGUAAGCGCUCCACCAAGCAUACAAAAACAUCCAACAGUUUCAAACAAGACAGUAAAGCCAGCUUAACAACUGAUUCCAAGCCAAACAUACAAUAUGGGGUAUUAAACGAGACAAGAGAAGAGUCUGGCAUGUCAAAAGAGCAAAGGAGAAAGGUGUUUAAGAAGAAGAUCAGAAAAGUGAUGAAGAAGUGAAGUGAUCAGGAUGUGGUGAAUUUGUCAGAUCCGGCGAUAUCGUACAAUCCCAAAUUCAAUUUUAAGGAUAUUGAUAUAGAAUAGAUAAUGCAAGCAUUUCUGUCAAAUUUAAAAUGAGUGCUGA